AUGGUUCUCGUCCAGGUUUUCUUGCUUGUGCUGUGGUGGGUGCUCACGGCCCGCGCCGUCCCGCUGUCUCUCGCCGCCGCCGGCCCCAUUGUCAACCUGGGCUACGAGCUGCACCAGGCGACCGUGAAUGAAACAGGCGGCUACUACAACUUCUCCAACAUCCGCUACGCCAAGAGCACUGCGGGCGACGGGCGCUUCGCACCCCCCCAGCCGCCAUCGCAGCUGCAGCCAGCACGGCGGCGACUGAACAACGGACAGUCGGCGGCCGUCUGCCCCGGCCGGCGGCCCGCCUGGCUUGACGUAGCCACGCUCUUCGCGGCCGGGCUGAACUACACACAAGCCAACGCCAGCGCGAGCGCGAGCGUCGUCGACCCACGCACGAGCGAAGACUGUCUGCUUCUCGACCUCGUGGUGCCAAAGGCCGUGUUCGACAACGAGCUGAGCGCUCCCGUGCUGGUCUGGAUCCAUGGCGGAGGUUUCGUCAGCGGCGACAAGAGCGAGCAAGGCAACGGGGCCGGCCUGGUGGCGCGCUCGAUGGAACAGGGCAACGCGGGAAUCAUCUACAUCGCCGUCAACUACCGACUCGGUCUUUUCGGAUGGCUGGCUGGCACCGCAUUCGAGGAGCAGUCCGGGACGCCCAAUGCCGGCCUGCUCGACCAGCGGCUCGCCCUGGAGUGGGUUCGGAAUCACGUCCAUCUGUUUGGCGGCGACUCCAACCGCAUCACCGUCAUGGCCGAGUCGGCGGGCGCGGGCUCGACGGUGCUGCACAUGGCCCGUCAGCCGGCAUUGUUCCAGCAAGCCAUCGUGCAGAGCCCCUGGCUGCUCCCUCCGCCGCCAAAGGCACGGCAGGACGCAUUGUAUAGAGAGGUGCUGCAUCUAGCCAACGCGACCACGCUGCUCCAGCUGCGCCGUGCGUCGACGACGACCCUCCAAGCCGCAAACAAUAUGCUCGUUUCUCAGGCUCCGUACGGGACGUUCGUUUUCGGCCCCACCGUUGACCAUGCGCUCGUCGAGGGCUCCCCCGCUCCCCCGCUCGCCGCCUUUCAAAACGACAGCUCCCCCAUCCGCCUCAUGGUCGGCCACAACUCGGACGAGGGCAUCCUCUUCACCCCGCCGCAGGCUCUGGACGAGGGCGCCUUCGAGACGCUGCUCAGCCGAGUCUUGCCCGCAGCCUCGCCCGCCACGCUGUCGCUCCUCGGCACCGAGCUCUACCCAGCCACGUACGCCAGCCCGCUGCGCCGCUACGCAGCCGCGUACGCCGAGGUUUCCGUGACGUGCGCAGCACGCCAGCUGGCUGCCAGGCCCGGCGGCGGCGCGCACGCCUACGUGUGGAGCGUGCCGCCUGGCUGGCACUCGCUCGACCAGGCCUACACCUUUUACGACGGCGCUCCCGACGCCUCGCCCGCCGCCUCCCUGGCCACGACCAUGCAGCGCUACUUCACCAACUUCGCCGCCUCCGGAUCCCCUGACCGGCCUCUGCCCGUGCCCGUCCCCUUCCCCGCCUUCGACGCUGCUGCCCCCACGGUGCUCAACUUCUCCACCACCACCUUUGGCGUGGCGCGGGAUGACGUCGACGCGGAGCGGUGUCGACGUUGGAUUGAUCUAAGCGCGGAGCUUUGGGCUGAGGUUUGA